GAGGCCAACAGCUGCGGUGGCGAAGAACGAACACCCACUAGGACAUUCUCAUGCCGGAAGGUGACGACAAGGAUCAGAUGCAGGUCGCCGAGACGGCAGCGCCGGCGUCGGAGGCUAGCCUGGUGCCUCAGCAGGGGGGCCCGUCGGUGGCCGUAGCGGAGGUGGAGUCGGCGGAACAGAAGGCCACGGAGAGCUUGCAGGACCGCCUCAACGUGCAGUCCCUGCCGAUCCGCGCGUACCUCGACCAGACCGUGGUGCCCAUCCUGCUCGACGGCAUGUCCGCGCUUGUGAAGGAACGCCCGCCGAACCCGGUGGAAUGGUUGGGAAACUACCUCUUGCGGAACAACCCGCAAAGCGCUCCCCCAGCGGCGAACUAACAGGACGCGUCUUUUCUGCGUGAUGCAUGGAAAAUUAGUUGCAGGGGGUGUGGAAACGGGAAAAGGCGCCGCAGGGGAGAGGCCGUGACUUGGCUUGAACCCUCAGAGAGAAGGUGGUGUCUUAUUGUUUCCCGUGUCUGACGUUACUCUUGACGGUCUCUCUUGUUGUUUUUGUGCUUUGUCUAUGUAGCUCGGAUGUCAUCGUGGUUGUAGGGUAAAUAUCAAAAUAGGCUUGUGUGUGCGCUGCAGCGGCGCGAGCGGCUCGGCCUCUGCCCGAACGGCGUACGAGUGCGUAAGUUUUUGCGUUCGUUUUGCGGAAUGAAGAAUGGCCUUGGGUCCUCGGCGGUGGUGGCUAUUGUACUGCUGCUAAGCUUGCUGCGCGUGUGGGGGGGGCCGCGGUGUGGGGGGGGGGCAGCUAUGCGAAGUGUGUACAGAGACCGCAGUGAGGCACCCUCUCCCUCUGAGGUUUGGUGCAGGAAGGAAAGUGAAACAUUUCUUGAGACGGCGGAGCGUCGCUGACGGUUCCCUGCUUGCCCUUCCGUUGUGCUACCCGCUGCCCCUGCGUUCGGGGCCGUGCCAGCACAUGGCUCGGCGGGAGCGCCACGCUUACCCGUGGGCCGUUUGGCGCUUGGGCAAUUGGUGGGCGCGGCGUGUCGGGUAGUACGUACGUUCUAGGCGUUGUUCCUGGGUUGUCUUCUGAUAUUUCAAUACAGAUUUUAUUUUCCCGUGGAAUAAUAUGAUCCGGUACGUCAUAUGCCCCGGAGUAUGGCGCCCCUCGCCCGAAGCAGCUGAUGGCUUGGCGCCCUUGCUUUUUAUGCACACACCCGGUUCGGCAUGGCACAGCCUUUCCAAGCACUGCUGCCAUGGAGUGGUUGCUCAACAGAAUGGUUUGCCCAUCGUUUGUCGCGCUCGCUGAGCAAGCUCCCUUCUUGUUGUCGCGAGAACCGGGCCAUCUGGUCGGAAACUUGCACCAGGUGCUUUUCUGUGGGCCCUCGUCGUGACCGUCAAUCUUCAUCUUCUUCUUAGAGCUACUGCUGAAGGAAGAACUACUAACUAGGUGUGUGCCAGCUAUGUUAACGAGCGCUUGCCCGGCGAGACGGGGAGGAAGGUGACAGACACAAUAAUAUAUUUUCACAUUCACAAGCACUUGUCCUGGGUGGCAGACGGUCGUUUCUGACCUACGGAUAAGC